AUGGAAGACCGGCAAGCCACCGGCGGCGCCGGCGCCGCGACCAAGGUCCGCGUGAACGGCACGACGGCCGAAGCGACACUCUCCACCACAGGCGGCUGCCCCGAGCUCCGGUGGCGCUGCGCUAGGGCCACGGCGGAGAGGAGCCUCUCGCUGGAGGCCGACGUGCUCGGAGCCGAGGCGAGCGGCAAGGAGGUCGUCGUCAGGGCCUUCGUGGCGGAGGAUGCCGCGAGACCGCCGUCGCGCGCCAAGGCGAGAGGGAAGAGGCGCAGGAGGGAGUACGUCUUCGAGAUGGCCGACGGCGAGGGCGCGGCCGCGGCCUGGGGCGAGACGCUACGGGGCUGCUUGGACUCGAUAGGGCGGCCCAAGAGAUUGUUCGUCCUCAUCAACCCCUACGGAGGCAAAAGACGGGCGAGCAAGAUCUACGAGGCAGAAAUCAAACCCCUGUUCGAAGCCGCCGGCGUCGAAGUCACAAUGCAAGAGACCCGGUACCGGGGGCAUGCCCGGGAGGUGGCGUCCUCUCUCGACCUUGCAAGAUACGACGGGAUCGUCUGCGUCAGCGGCGAUGGCGUCCUCGUGGAGCUUGUGAAUGGGAUUCUGCAAAGAUCAGACUGGGAGGAAGCAAUAAAGAUGCCAAUUGGCAUAGUUCCAGCUGGCACAGGAAACGGCAUGGCCAAAUCACUUCUCCAUGCUGCCAGCGAGACGUGCUCAGUUUCAGACGCCGUAUUUGCCAUUAUCACAGGUCACAAGCAGGCCUUGGAUGUCUGCACCAUAGUGCAAGGGGAAAAAACCGUUUUCAGCGUGCUGUCAACUACUUGGGGUUUGGUGGCCGAUGUUGACAUCGAGUCUGAGAAAUACAGGUGGAUGGGGAGCGCACGGUUCGACUUUUAUGCUCUGGUUCGCAUAAUGAACUUGCGCCGAUACCGCGGAAGCGUCCACUUUGUGCCUGCCCCGGGCUACGAGGCAUACGGAGAUCCUGUCAAGCAAGCCGAGACUCCCAUCGUGGAGCGAAACGGGGAAUCUCAGGUGUGCUCUUAUCAAGGCCCUACGGCCGAGUUUCAAUGUUCAGACUGGAGAUCCAUCGAUGGCCCAUUUGUGGGUGUGUGCGUCUACAACGUGCCAUGGGCUGCUGAAAACGCCAUGGCAGCUCCUGAAGCCAAGUUCUCAGAUGGCUACAUGGACGCGGUCAUACUGAAAGACUGUCCGAAGGCCGAUCUUUUGGCUCUGCUGCUGAAGAUGAGCGAUGGGAGCUACGUGAAAUCGCCACAUGUUACAUAUUUCAAGGUGAAAUCCUUCCGGUUAUCGCCGGGGCAGCUCAUGGAGGAUCCCAAAAGGGGCGGCAUCGUAGACGUGGACGGCGAGGUGGUUGCCAGAGGAGAAGGAACGUACGGCAUGAACCAGGAUCAAGAUUUGAUGGCCUAUGGCCCUUCUGUUCAGCUGACCGUGCACCAGGGCUUGGCCACUGUAUACUGUCCCAAAUGA